UCCUGAUUAUAAAUUGUACUCAUCGCCACUCUCCAAACCUUCACACCCUUCUUCUCUUUUCUCUCAGCUAUGGCGGUUUCCGCGUGUGUGGUUAGAACAAACCCAUCCAUCUCUCCAUGUCUGAAAGCUCCAAGGCCAAGCCUCAGUGGCAGAAAACAGUCCUGCUUGAGAGCUUGUGCCGCAAAUACUUCAGAUGGUGAGGAAGGGAACAAGAUGACCAGAAAAGAAAAGGACGGAGGGUGGAAGAUAGAAUUCACCGGAGAAAAACCUCCCACACCACUACUAGACACAAUCAAUUAUCCAGUCCACAUGAAAAACCUCUCCACCCAGGAUCUUGAACAACUAGCAGCAGAGCUUAGAGCAGAUAUCGUACAGAGUGUAUCAAAAACAGGUGGGCAUCUAAGCUCAAGCCUAGGAGUAGUGGAACUGACAGUGGCUCUUCAUCAUGUAUUCAACACCCCCGAAGACAAGAUCAUAUGGGAUGUUGGCCACCAGGCCUACCCGCACAAAAUUUUGACAGGAAGGAGGUCUAGGAUGCACACUAUCAGGAAAACCUCAGGUUUAGCAGGAUUUCCCAAAAGGGAAGAGAGCGUCCAUGAUGCUUUCGGUGUGGGACAUAGUUCUACCAGCAUCUCCGCUGGUCUUGGUAUGGCAGUAGGAAGGGAUCUUCUAGGGAAGACCAACAGUGUUGUUGCAGUGAUUGGGGAUGGAGCCAUGACUGCAGGGCAAGCAUAUGAGGCAAUGAACAAUGCAGGGUACCUUGAUACUAACAUGAUUAUCAUAUUAAAUGACAAUAAGCAAGUCUCUUUGCCCACGGCUACUCUUGACGGUCCUGCAAUUCCUGUUGGGGCCCUUAGUAGAACUUUAACCAAGCUCCAAUCAAGCACCAAGUUCCGCAAACUUCGUGAAGCUGCAAAAAGCAUCACGAAGCAGCUUGGAGGGCAAACAUUCGAAGUUGCAGCCAAGGUAGAUGAGUAUGCGAGGGGUCUGCUCAGCGCUAGCGGAUCUACUCUGUUUGAGGAGCUAGGGUUGUAUUACAUUGGUCCAGUGGAUGGUCACAAUGUUGACGAUCUAGUAGGCAUUUUUCAGAAAGUAAAAGCAAUGCCUGCACCAGGUCCAGUUCUGAUCCACAUUGUAACAGAGAAAGGGAAGGGUUAUCCUCCAGCCGAAGCAGCAGCUGAUAGAAUGCAUGGGGUUGUCAAGUUCGACCCCAAGUCAGGCCAGCAAUUUAAAUCCAAAUCCCCAACACUUCCAUAUACUCGGUACUUUGCUGAAUCUCUGAUUGGAGAAGCCAAGGUAGAUGACAAAAUUGUAGCCAUCCAUGCUGCAAUGGGUGGUGGGACUGGCCUCAAUUAUUUCCAGAAAAGGUUUCCUGAUCGUUGCUUUGAUGUGGGGAUUGCUGAGCAACAUGCUGUCACAUUUGCAGCUGGUUUAGCCACAGAGGGUCUCAAGCCAUUCUGUGCCAUCUACUCAUCCUUCCUGCAGCGAGGAUAUGAUCAGGUGAUACAUGAUGUAGAUCUUCAAAAGCUACCAGUCCGAUUUGCUAUGGAUCGAGCUGGUCUGGUUGGUGCAGAUGGCCCUACUCAUUGUGGAGCAUUUGAUAUCACCUAUAUGGCUUGCUUGCCCAACAUGGUGGUCAUGGCUCCAUCUGAUGAAGCAGAGCUUAUGCACAUGGUUGCCACAGCAGCAGCCAUUGAUGACAGGCCUAGCUGCUUCAGGUUCCCGAGGGGAAAUGGAAUUGGAGCUGUUCUUCCACCUGAUAACAAAGGAACCCCACUUGAGAUUGGAAAGGGAAGAAUACUGGCAGAAGGCCAUAGGGUUGCUCUUCUGGGAUAUGGUUCUAUAGUUCAGCAAUGUGUUGAAGCUGCAAGCAUUCUUAGGUCCCAGAAUAUUUUUGUGACAGUAGUGGAUGCGAGGUUUUGCAAACCUUUGGAUGGAGAUCUCAUCAGGAGAUUGGCCAAAGAGCAUGAAAUCCUGAUCACUGUGGAGGAGGGUUCAAUUGGAGGUUUUGGAUCCCAUGUGUCUCACUUCCUGUGCUUAAAUGGUAUAAUGGAUGGACCCCUAAAGUUGAGAGCAAUGGUACUUCCUGAUAGAUACAUUGACCAUGGAUCACCUGAAGAUCAGAUUCAAGAAGCAGGGCUCUCUUCCAAGCAUAUCUCAGCAACAGUGCUAUCUCUCUUGGGAAGGCAAAAAGAAGCUCUCACCCUCAACCGAAUGCAUAUAUGAAAAGCAAGACUCCAUUCUACAAGUUUUGAAAUCCAUUCACUUCCUCAAAAGGUUUUGUUCUAGUUUUUCAGGAUGAGAAAAAAUACCAAGAUUCCGAUCCAAAAGCUCAUGCUUGGGAUUCCAAAAUACCAGGAUCUAGAACUCCUUGAAGAAUUUAUCCCAGCAUCUAAUCAACACACAACAUUGAUUAGGAAUUCUGGAGGUCAAGCCAUAAUCUGUGUUUGUGCAUAUUAUCUAUAUCCCAAUGUAAUGGAUACCAUAUCAGACAUGAAAUUUGGUAAAGUAUCAAAAGAAACAAGAGAAAAAGUUUUCGUGAAGGAAA